AUGCCUCCUAAGAGAGCCAACUCUGCCUCCACUGUUGCUGCCCCAGCCAGAAAGCUUUCCCGCUGGGUCAAAUCCAGUCAAGGCUCAGCAGGAGUUGUUCAGCAGACGCAGCCUCAAGAGGUCUCGGCCGAGGUCUUACCUCAAGCUCUUGUGGAGCAGAUCGUCAGUAGGGUGUCUGAUGAGGUUACAAGACGGCUCUCAUCAACAGGUGGAGACCACAAUGCUAAUGAUCACCACAUUCCUGACCAGAUUUCUGACGUGCCGGUUACUCGCGAUGCAGCUGGAGCUGACCAGAUAUCAGAGGUGCCUGCGGUUGGAAUUCCUGCAGAUAGUCCUGGUCAAUCAGUGAUACACGGAACUGUUAGCCAAUUUCAGGAGAGGCUGUCAGGUGAUUUACCAACCAUAACCCCUCCAUUGCCUAGCACCCUGUUUACUUCACCAAGUCUACCCAUUGAUGCUCGUGUAUCUGCUAAGCUACGAGCAAAGAUUCUGAAAAAUGAGUUUAUUGACCUUGGGGCUUUGGCCACCAACCCUACUUUAGAAAGCAAAUAUCAAGUUGUUUUACAUAAUGAAGGUGGCACUCAGCCUCCGUCACUAGCCUUAGAACCGGUCACUAAGACCAGAAAGCUUUUGACCAUCUCGUCAUGGACGAGUAACUUUAUGGUAUUUGUCGGGGUAUAUACUCGCCAAUUUCCUUCAGAGGCUCCCGCUCUCAUGAAGUAUGGGGAGAUUGUGCAGGAUUUGGCUGCGCGGGGACACGAUUGGCAUUAUUACGAUGAGAAUUUUCGUUAUUUACGGCAAAAUCAGCCAUCAGCUUUUCCUUGGGGAGUCAUCCAUUGGGAAUUGUGGAUGCGAUCACAGCAACCCGUUAGUAAGAAACAAUCUCUUCCUGGGAACUCCUUUCGGUCACGCCUUUCGGAGUCCAGCAUUGUCCCUAAAGGUUACUGCUUUAAAUUUCACAAGAAGGCUCAGUGUGCUGGAUGUUCCUUUAAGCAUUCCUGCCCUAGGUGUGAGGGUGCUCAUCGAAUGAGUAUUUGUACUUUUCGUUCCCAAUCAAAGCAAUCACCAAGAACAACUACCAAUGCCAAAUCCGCAGGAGCCAAAUCCUCACUUCCCAACUCCAGUAAAGUUUAG